GGACGGCGCAUGCGCGCGAGGAGAGGCCUCCUUAAAUUGGCUGCUGGGGCGCGGCAUCGUUGAUUAUGGCUUCUGGAAAACUUAGUAUCCGCGUCCGAGACGGGCCGGACUGAUCUGCGGCUCUGCCAGAGGACUGCCUUGACCGACCCACGUACUGUAAACACUGCGGGCAGUGUUUGAAAAUGGCCCGGAACUAUGUGUCCCUGGCCGCCGGCGAUCAAGGGAGCAGGGCGGCUUACCCUUCCUCCCACAACGAUCUCAGCGCCUUAGCGAUGUUCUCUGGAGACUGUUCCGUCGCUGCCAGGCCUGGAGCGAUUCGUCCCGGGCCUCGCCAGGCGGCGCGACCUAGCAUUCGAACCGAGAGCCGUCGAGUGCCUCGCUGCGGCCUGAGCCCGACCCGCCUUAUAAAGGGAAGGGAACCGGAGGGCCGCGGCCGAAGCCGCCAAGCCAGAUUCUCACCAUACCCAAUCCCUGGGGUCAAAAUCGAUCUCCUAAGAAGUGUGCUGCAACAGCGUCUGGCAUUUGGAAGUGUUAGAGCUUGAACUUCGAUUUAAAACGAAUGCCUCCCCUCAGCGUGCGAACAAGCCCUCUUUUAAAAUCCUUUCUUGGUGUACCGCACUUUUAUUUUUAGAUAUUGUUUUUAUUUAGUAUAAAAUUAGGUACGUAGGGGUUGUUAAUGUUAUCACAAGUGUUACUGUGAUUAGCUCAGGAAGGAGACAGUUGGGAUUUUCUUAGGUAAUCACAAAGCUGAGCAACAACCAUUCACUUUUUGUACACACAGUUCCUAUAUGGGAUCAGAAUUCUCCGAUUUCCACAACCUUACCCUGCUGGUUCCCCUACUUUGAGACUUGAAAUUCGAGCCUCCUUAACGGGCAUAUUCCCAGACUCUCUAACUUGGAUUGGUGAAAAAGAAUCAUCUUUAUUACACUGGUUUAUUCUUUCAUCUCCUCCCUAGCACUUACCAUCUUCAAUA